AUGGAAAGCUGCAGCCUUUCCAUGUCGCUGGACAUCGACGAAAUGGAGCCAGAGUGGUUACCGAUGAUGGAUCUCCAGGCCAGUGACAUUGAGGCUUCGCCCAACGCAACUGUCCUUCCCUUGUUCCCCUUGGGAAGCUUCGUGUACACGCCGCACUCGGAGCAUCGUCUCAACAUCUUCGAGCCAAGAUAUCGUGCUCUGUACAACGACAUCCUCUUCAGCGGAUUCGCUGCCGUAGCUAGCGUUUUCUACUUGAAGGAUCUCAAAGAGGUCAGCGCGGCGACCAACGAUGCGGUCAAGUACAUCUGCGAUCACGAGGUCAUCGGGAGGAUCAGGAUCAAAAAGGUGCUGAACCCCAAGGUGUGGGAGGACAGGUCGACGUACCUCAAGGUCGAGGCUGAGUACAUCGAGGACAAGGAGGAGCCAGAGGGCAGCACCAGGUUGGCGGACAUGCCAGAUAGCAUGCCCGAGCUGGAGAAAAAGCUGGUGCUAACCUACAACGAUCUCGUGCAGCUUCAGCAUGAAAUGAAUGAAGACGUCAAGUUUACGAAGGAGUCCGUGGACAAGUUCAAGAUCGCCAAAGGACAAGAGGUUUGGUCGGCGGUGGAGAUGUGGCAGGUGUUCCAACAGCAGCGGCUCCUUGCUCGUCAGCAGGAGAUGCAGAAAGAGUUUCAGGCGAAGCUGCUGGCGUACCUGAUCAAGGAGAAGGGGAUGGGAGGACUCCCCAACGCGAUUGACAUCAACGAACUUCCAGCUAAUCUCCAGCAGGAAGUGAGGUCCCUCCAGGCGAGGAUGCAAGACGAUCUUCAACCGCUGGCCGAGCGCGACAUGAUGGAUAUGCAGCUGCUGAUCGAGUGCGACAGCCACUCCAGGCGUCUCGAGCUGAUGGACGCGAUGCUGACUAAGGAGAGGAAGAGGCUCGAAACCAAGAAGACCCUCAAGAGCCUCUUCAACAAGUGA